AUGCAGUUGAUGCGGCCGCAGCAGUGUGGUGCUGUGAAUGUGGAGAUGGACUGUGCUUCCUCAGUGGACAUGAGCAAGGUGGAGGUGCUUCAGAACCAGAUCACCACCAGCACCACAGAGGUGAAGACCUCUCAGUCUCAGGUGACCGACCUGAAGAGGACCUUCCAGAGCCUGGAGAUUGAACUGCAUGGCCUGCUCACUCAGAAGGGGUACCUGGAGCAGAGCGUCACUGAUAUAAACGGUCGCUAUGGCUCCCAGCUGAGCCAGCUGCAGGUUCAUAUCAACAGCAUGGAGGAGGAGCUGCAGCAGCUCAACGUCAGCAUCCAGCAGCAGGCCUCCGAGUACCAGAUCCUCCUGGACAUCAAGAUGAGGCUGGAGAUGGAGAUAGCUGAGUACAGUAGGCUGCUGGAUGGAGAGGGACUCAGCUACUACGGCUCAGACAGCACCAGCCUCACCUUGGAGGACAAACCACUCAGUGCCAUAUCGAGGCUGGCAGAGGUGUAUAGGUGGGACAACAGCCUGGUGUCCAGCUCGGUGGCUUCGACAGGCACCAUCUACUCCAAUGGCAGCUGGCUGCACUCCUCGGCCGGAUCGGGGGGCUUGCGCUCCAACCUACCCGAUCGCCUGCAGAUUGUCAAGCCCCUGGAAGGUGAGGAGUGA